CAAGCUGCAGGUUGACUAGUCUCUCCCUUGCAUGUUGUGGAGAUCAGAGCUGUGAGUUACGCAAGAGCAAAGAUUGUAUUAUGGUUACCAUUUGUGGGCCUGUAGCACAGGCCUGUAGCACCCAGCAGGUUCUAAAAAUAUUUGUUGAAUCUAUCUAUCUAUUUAUCUAUCCACAUAAACAUCAUGCUGUAGUGGUCCCAGCUUUUGAAUCAGACCCUCAGGAUAAAUUUCCAAAGGAGCAUUACUGAUGAUUUAGGAUUGUGAAUGUAAAAUUCAAAGUCCUUUGUAAGUGAACUUGAUCCACACAAAAUUCUAGGUCAGGUGGGACAGAUAGGUUGAUCUAUCUAUAGAUAUAUAUAGAUAUAUAGGUAGAUAUUUAUAUAUUAUAUAUAUAAAAUAACCUGGUCGAAUUUACAUCUCUGUAAAAAGAAAAAGAAUAAUUCACAUCUCUGGGCCUUUGUUUCUCCAUCUGUCAAAUGGGCAUAAGGAGGGCCCAUUUAUCCAUCACACAUGUCUGGGAUCAUUUUGCUCUGUGGGCAGAUGGGGAAAAAGCAGGUGUUUCUCUUCCUCCCCCGCUUCAUGAUUCCCAUACUUGUGCACAGUCAUUAACAAGGCAGAGGAGGGUGAAUGAAAAUCCGCCCUUGCAAAACUGCAAAACAGUCAUAGCUGACUUCACAGCUGUUUACUGCCCUCACCUGCUGACUUGGAAACCCUUUCAUUAUUUGUAGUGUGUCAAAGAGAAAGUGAUCUGGUAAGUAUCUCCCAAAUAUAUUGGUGAGUUUAUAAGUUAGCCCUACAGGAAGAAUAGGGCAACACAAAGAAAUGCCUUGCUUAAGAUGGACUUUCAAGGGCCAAAAGCCCCUGUCCCCAAUUCCGAGACCCUCGACUGACACAACUGAAUGAUGUCUUCCACAGCCUCAGCCCUGAGAAGUUUGUCCUGUGAAGACACCUGAGCACUACCCAAUCUGGAGCUCUGGCUACUAGUCCUGGUUCUGCCCCUGAAGGGUUGUAUGACCUCCGCCACAUUCUUCUUCCUGUACAGUGAAGCUGGUGUAUAACAUACCCUCCACUGCCCCUCCACAGUUCUCAAGUUCUACAAUUCAAUAGAAGAUGGAGCUGGCUUUCUAAAUUAACAAUAUAAACCAGGUAACUUUUUAGUUCCUCUUGGCUUGAGUCCCUGCCUCCUGGGACUGGAGAAAUAGGUGGGAAAUAGGUGUGUGUCUGACUCCCUGGUCUGGGUCAGAGAAUCACAAGAGUUAUGGGCAGCUGGCAGGAAACCUCAGUGAUUAUCAAGACCCAUGUCCUAUCUCCCCCAUUCACUAGACAAAAAUUCACUAAGCAGUUGCAUUCAAUAGAAUGUGGGCAGGGGUGGCAGCUGUUGUGUUCACUGAUCACACUGGCUGGCACAUAGUAGGUGCUCAUUAAACAUCUAUUGAAUGAUGGGUAAUUUCCUGCAGCAGAGUCAUUUAGGGGAGCCUAUGAAAUGCAGAUGCCUGGGCCCACUAGACUUAUUGAAUUGUAAUCUCUGCUGACGGGGCCCAGGUGACUGACAUGACUCCAGAGUUUGAGAAUCAUGGCUGUAAUAUCUGUGUAAAGCAUUCUCCUAUUAUCAGAAGGGAGAAAACACUGAUGUUUUUUACUUUUGAGGAUUUGUUGGUAGUGACUAAAAUAUUCAAGUCAAAUAGGUUCACUUUGCUGUAGCCAUUUCCACGGAGCCUGGAGCAAUCUGGGCUUCGCCCAGGGUAUGGGCAGGGCAAACUUUCACUAAUCUCGGGAGAGGCAAGGCCAAUAAAAAUGCAGAGGAGAUAGGAGUCGAGGCACAUGAAGUCCAAGUUUGGCAUGAUUAUUGCCCUUCACUUGAAAGUCAUAAAAUAGGAAAUGUGCCACCAUUCCAGCUUCCCGGGAGGGGUUGCUGGUGUGAGGUUUUCCUCAAUCCCUUUCAAGGGUCUGUGGCUUAGACCAUGCACAGAUCUGGCUUCAGAUCUCAGCUGUGUCUCUGACUGCUUGGUUUUGGGCUAAUCACUUUAACCCCUUUUAAGCUUUUGUUUCCUCAGUCAUAAAAUGGAUAUCACACUGCCAACUACUCAGGGUUGUUGAAGGCAAUCUGACAUGAUAUAAACUCAGGUGUCUGGCACAUGCACAGUACAGAAAAGCUGUUAAGUUUAGGUUGAUACCUAUUAUAUCUGGGCUGGAGUGUUCAGUAGAGGUUGGUUUAGCCCUACCCUUUUGUUUUUACAGGUAGGGAAACAGCCUCAGAGAGGGGAAGCUAACUGCACAAGCUCAUCUAACCCGUUAGGUUUCUUGAGGGCUUUUAAGGAUCAGAGAAGGUGAUGAGGUUGACUCUGUGGUUGGCCCUUGAUAAAAGAAUUCCUGGGAUAAGGUGUUUUUAUAAAAGAAGCUGGAUAUCUCAGGUGAGGUGCCUUUUCACCUGAGUUUCUUGCCAGCCAGAAGCCCAUUCUGAGGACACAGGGGUUAGUAAGAAACACCCUGAAGCUGGGCAAUUUGUGGCUUUCCUAUCAACAUCAGGGUUUUAAAGACAAAAGCCAUUGGGCGAGCGCUGUUGAGGGCUUCCCUGGGAGGCCCUGUCUGGCACUGCAGCUCUGCCAGGCCAAGGCUAGAGAUGGCUGGCCUUGGGGACCCUCCAAGAAUGGCCCCUGGGUUAUAAGGGGCACAACACCAAUCAGAGGCCAGGCUGGAUCUGGCAGGGACACUUCUUGGAAACAGAGUCCUGUGGGGCUCUGACUCUGGUGUCUAUGGGCAACAGCAGAAAAGCGGGGCCUUAGGAGAGCUCACGUCCUUAGUGCUAAUGCUGAUGACACUGGUGAUGGUGGUGACGGUGAUAAGCGUGAGAAUUAGCACUUCCUCUUUGCCAGGUGCAGGGCUAGGCAAUUUAUUUUACACACAUUGUCUCAUUCAAUCCUCACAAGAUCCCUACCUGGAGGAAACUGAGGCUCAGAGAGGUUAGGUAAACCACCAAGGGCACAAAGUUAGUAAGCACCAGGAUUCAAAUCCAGACCUUUUGGAGUUCAAGGUAGCCAGCAACCUGUAAGCGCUGGAGGAAAGGAAAGUAACAUUGGCCAGGGCCUCCGAGAGACAAAUACUUUAUCCCCAUUUUUAAAGAUGAGGAAACAGAGAACCAGAGAGGUUAGCAUUUUCCCCAUGAAGUCAGGUACUGUGCAAAACACUUUCCAUAUGUCAUCUCCUCGAUCAUCAUAACAUCCCUAUGAAGUAAUUCUUUUUUUUUUUUUUUUAAGUAUUUGUUUAUUUAUUUAUGGCUGCAUUGGGUCUUCGUUGCUGUGUGCGGGCUUUCUGUAGUUGUGGUGAGCAGGGGCUACUCUUCGUUGCGGUGCACGGGCUUCUCAUUGCGGUGGCUUCUCGUUGUGGAGCAUGGGCUCUAGGCAGGAGGGCCUCAGUAGUUGUGGCACGCGGGCUCAGUAGUUGUGACGCACGGGCUUAGCUGCUCUGCGGCCUGUGGGAUCUUCCCCGACCAGGGCUUGAACCCGUGUCCCCUGCAUUGGCAGGCGGAUUCUUUUUUUUUUUUGGCAGGCGGAUUCUUAACCACUGCGCCACCAGGGAAGUCCUGAAGUAAGUAAAUCUAUGAUCCCCAUUUGUGUAGAUGAGGAAACCAAGGCCUGAGACUAAAUGAUUUGCAGGUGUUCAAAACCAGGCAAUCUGACUAGAGGGCCCAUGCUCUUAACUCCCUGAGUUGCCCAAUAUUGGAAUGAGAUGUGGUGGGCUGGACCAGAACCUGGGACUACUGACUCCCAGGCUAGUGCUCCAAGGUUACAUGUAGGAUUUCUCUCUCUCUCUCUCUCUCUCUCUCUCUCUCUCUCUCUCUCUUUUUGGCCACGCACCAUGUGGGAUCUUCGUUCCCUGACCAGGGAUCAAACCUGCGUCUGUUGCAUUGGAAGCGUGGAGUCAUAACCACUGGACCGCUGGGGAAGUCCUAGGCUUUCUCUUGGGAUUCAUUGUCCCUUAAAAGCGCACUGAUCUAAAGCCCAAAGAGUGAAAUCAUGCCCUGCGGUUCUGGGAACCUCAGGCUGGAGAAGAAGGAAGCUCUUGCCCUGGUGUUCAAGUCUGAGCAGGUGUACUGUGGACCCUCCCUGUUUCCUCCUCUGGCUGGGAGGGAGCCCAGGUAGGGCAGGCAGGGUGGGUCAGCCCUUGUGAGUGCAGGGUGGGAGGAGAGCAGGAGGCAGGAGGGCCCAAUAAAACAGGCCUAAAUCUUCCCGCCUUCCUGCCUUUACCCAGGCGGUGCCCUCAUCUCCUGCCUGGCAAACAGAAGGGCAUGAUGAUGAGAGUUCAAGGUUGGCGCCAGGAGACCCGAGUUCUGGUUCUGGCUCUGGCACUCACUCCACGUGCACCCUUGACUCUGGGCAGUUUCCUUAUCUACACAAUGUGUGGUGGUGGUAAUGGGGGAUCAAAAUCCUCUGGGAUUUUUAGUUAACACAUUAUUUAUUAAGAACCUACUCUAUGCCAGGUACUGGAGACAUAGCAUGUGCAAAAGCAGAUUCAGGCCCUGCUUUCAUGGGUCUUAGAGUCUAGUAGGAAGAGAUUCCAAGAUCAAAUCUUCACUGAAGCUAAUGUAAAAUGACAACUGUUAACCAGUGUUUUAAAGGCCUGCAGAACUAAGGGAGCCCAGGAUGGUGGGAGUCGGGGGAGGGAAUGGGUUGGCAGUCUGAGGGGCAGCAAGGAAGGAUGCGGUGAAGAUGUGGUUUACUAGAUGAAUGUCCGCUGGCAGGGGACAGCACCCUGUUGUGAGAUGGUUCACCCAAGAAACUGGGAGGAGGCCAGUGGGCCUGGGGAAGCAUGCAGGAGGCUGGCCAUUUGAAGUCAUUGUGGGCCACGGUAAGAGAAGUCAUUGAAGUUUUGGGUUUUUUGGGGGGGGGAGUUAGGGAGUGAGGGGAUACUUAAGAGAGAGAGAGAGAGGGUUACAUUUGGAAUAUGGGUCAACGUAUCUUCUAAGGAAAAGAUUUUUUUUAAAGCCACUCCCUCUGAGGAGCCUUCCUGGAUUUCUCCACCUUUGACCUAUGGUAUCCCUCCCUUUCUGGCCUGCAGCCCGGCAUGACAAACUGAAGCCUCCAGGGCAGCCAGACCUGGGCUUUUUCUUCCUGCACUGAAUUGCACUGUGACUUCAAACGAGGUCCUCUGCCUUCCCAGGCCUCAGUUUCCCCAGCUGUGCCCAAGCAGGUUGUCUCGAAGGACCCGCCCAGUGCUAACGCAACGUGAUUCGCUCUGGCAGGAGCGGUGGGCUGCCCGCAUUGCUGCGCAGGCAUCGGACUGCCGGCUGGGGCACCGUCGCCAGGCUACGGGCGCUUUCCUCCCGGGCAGGGGGCAGCGGACGAGGAUCGCGGCGCCAGACGUUGCGCAGGAAAGUGGGGGCGCGACCCCCUGCUCGAGCGGGCACCGCGCGGCCCCGCCCCCGCAGCCAGCUGCCCUGCGGCAGCCGGGGCCCGAGCUCCGCCCUCCUCCUCCCGCCGGCCUCUCUCCCUCCUCCCGCCUCCCUUCCUCGCUCGCUCGCUCCCUCCCCCCAAGCCGGCUCGGCGCUGACUCCGCCGCACGCUGCAGCCGCGGCUGGAAGAUGGCGGGGAACGACUGCGGCGCGCUGCUGGACGAAGAGCUCUCUUCCUUCUUCCUCAACUAUCUCGCCGACACGCAGGGCGGGGGAUCUGGGGAGGAGCAACUCUGCGCUGACUUUCCGGAGCUAGACCUCUCCCAGCUGGACGCCAGCGACUUCGACUCGGCCACCUGCUUUGAGGAGCUGCAGUGGCGCCCAGAGAACUCCGAGACCGAACCCAGCCAGUACAGCCCCGACGAUCCGGAGCUCUUCCAGAUAAUCGACAGUGAGAAUGAGGCCCUCCUGGCAGCACUCACCAAAACCCUGGAUGACAUACCCGAAGAUGUUGUGCGUCUGGCCGCCUUCCCAGCCCUGGAUGAUGGAGACACACCCUCCUGCGCUUCUGCUUCGCCUGUCCCCUCAUCUGCGCCCCCCAGCCCCUCCCUGGAGAGGGCCCCAGCCUCGGCCCCUGAAGUGGAUGAGCUCUCGCUGCUGCAGAAACUCCUUCUCACCACGUCCUACGCAACCUCGACCUCUGACAGCCAGAAGGAAGGGACCGCCUGGCGCCAGGCAGGCCUCAGGUCCAGAAGUCAGCGGCCUUGGGUCAAGAUGGACAGUGCCCAAGACAGGAAGGCCCCCAUGAUGCAGUCUCAGACCCGGAGUUGCACAGAGCUGCAUAAGCACCUCACCUCGGUGCCGUCCUGCCCCCGGGCUAAAGCCCGCUCCCCUGAUAGGGUCCUCCAGCCACCACCACCCCUGAGUCCCUGGGUCCCUGCCAAGGAGGAUGAGGAGGUGGGUCAGGACUGCCCGAGUCCCCGGCCGGCUCCAGCCUCUCCCUGGGACUCCCCAGCACUGGGCAGGGCAGACCCCGGCACCCAGGUUUCCCAGGAGGACAUGCAGGCCAUGGUGCAGCUCAUUCGCUACAUGCACACCUACUGCCUUCCCCAGAGGAAGCUGCCCGCACAGACCCCAGAGCCAGCCCCCCAGCCCUGCAGCAGCCCCGCCAAGCAGGUCAGACCCCGGCCUCGGUGCCAGUACCCUUCCAAAGCCACCUGGGCUGAGUUCUCCAUCCUGAGGGAACUUCUGGCUCAAGAUAUCCUCUGUGAUGUCAGCAAACCCUACCGCCUGGCCACGCCUGUCUACGCCUCCCUCACACCCCGGGCCCGGCCCAGGCCCAAAGACAGCCAGGCCUCUGCGGGCCACCCCUCCCCCGUGGAGGAGGUGCGGGUCGCGGCUUCACCCCAGAGCUCGGGGCCCAGACCCAGCCUGCGCCCACUGCGGCUGGAGGUGAAAGGGCAUAUCAGCCGGUUGGCCAGGCUGCAACCUGAGGAGGAAGAUGAGGAAGAGGAAGAGGAAGAAGAAGAAGAAGAGGAGGAGGAGGAGUGGGGCCGGAAAAGGCCGGGCCGGGGCCUGCCGGGGACCAAGCUGGGGAGGAAGCAGGAGAGCUCCGUGUGCCCCGUGCGGCGUUCCAGGAGACUGAACCCGGAGCUGGGCCCCUGGCUGACGUUCACCGAUGAGCCGAUGGUCCCUGCGGAGCCCCAAGGGGCCCUGCCCUCGCUGCGCCUGGCCCCUGAGGCCUACGAUGUGGAGGGGGAGCUGGGCAGCCCCGCGGACGAGGACAGUGGCCGAGAACAGCAGCUCCGACGGGGACCCCAGAUCCCAGCUCUGGAGAGCCCCUGUGAGAGCGGGUGUGGGGACACCGACGAGGACCCCAGUUGUCCGCAGCUCUCUUCUGGAGACUCUCCCAGGUGCCUCAUGCUGGCCUUGUCGCAAAGCCCCACUGGCGACCCUCCUUUUGGCAAGAAGAGCUUCGAGCAGACCUUGACGGUGGAGCUCUGUGGCACGGCAGGACUCACUCCGCCCACCACGCCUCCGUACAAGCCCACAGAGGAAGACCCCUUCAAGCCAGACAUCAAGCACAGCCCAGGCAAAGACAUAGCUCCCACCCCGGAGGUUCCCCAGCUCGGGGCGGCCGCAGAGGCUGCCCACAAGCUGCCAAAGAAGCACCCAGAGCGGAGCGAGCUCCUGUCCCACCUGCGGCAUGCCACAGCCCAGCCAGCCUCCCAGGCUGGUCAGAAGCGCCCCUUCUCCUGUUCCUUUGGAGACCACGACUACUGCCAGGUGCUCAAGCCAGAUGGCGCCCUGCAGAGGAAGGUGCUGAGGUCCUGGGAGCCAUCUGGGGUCCACCUUGAGGACUGGCCCCAGCAAGGUGCCCCGAGGGCUGAGGCACGUGCCUCUGGCAGGGAGAAAGACGGGAGCUGUGAUGUCGGUGCCCCCGCCAAGGACAGUACGCUGCUGAGAGACCACGAGAUCCGCGCCAGCCUCACCAAGCACUUUGGCCUCCUGGAGACAGCCUUGGAGGAUGAAGACCUGGCCUCCUGCAAGAGCCCCGAAUACGACACCGUCUUUGAGGACAGCAGCAGCAGCAGUGGCGAGAGCAACUUCCUCCUAGAGGAGGACGACGAGGAGGAUGAUGAUGAAGAGGACUCAGGGGUCAGUCCCCCUCGCUCUGACCACUGCCCGUACCAGAGCCCACCAAGCAAGGCCAGUCGGCAGCUCUGUUCCCGCAGCCGCUCCAGCUCUGGCUCCUCAUCCUGCCGCUCCCGGUCACCAGCCACACGAAGGACCUUCAGGUAUGGCUAGACGGGUGGCCUCAGG